AUGGCCUCUUCCACAACUAGGAUGCUGCGGUUAUUCCAACCAUCCAGGCGCAAGUUUACCACUAAAGUUUCCCCAUCUGAGAUUUCCAAACUUUUGGAAAGUAAAAUUUCUGGCUGGAAUAAUCAGAAGAACAUGGGUGAAGUGGGUCAUGUCAUUAAUGUGGGAGAUGGGAUUGCCCGCGUUUACGGAUUGACGCAAGCUAAAGUAGGCGAAUUGGUUAGAUUUUCCUCCAACGUCGCUGGAAUGGUCUUAAACCUAGAGUCUGACAACGUCGGUGUUGUCAUAUUCGGCGAAGACAGAUCUAUACUGGAGGGAGAUCAAGUUGAACGAACAGGAUCUAUUGUUGAUGUUCCUGUGGGACCUUCUUUAUUAGGAAGGGUUGUUGAUCCGCUGGGGAAUCCCAUUGAUGAUGGUCCUCCAAUCACUUCAAAACUUAGAAGUAGAGUAGAAGUACCAGCUCCUGGCAUUAUUUCAAGGAAAAGUGUACAUGAACCUAUGUCUACGGGCCUAAAAUGUGUGGAUUCGUUGGUGCCAAUUGGUAGGGGACAGAGGGAGUUGAUCAUUGGAGAUAGACAAACGGGCAAGACUGCGCUGGCUGUUGAUACAAUAUUAAAUCAAAAGGAAAUUAACCAGAACAAAGAUGAGAAGGAUAAGCUCUAUUGCAUAUAUGUGGCCAUAGGUCAGAAACGAUCCACCGUCGCUAGGAUUAAGAAGGUUCUAGAAGACCACGGCGCAAUGAAAUACACUACAAUUGUGGCGGCUACGGCGUCUGACCCUGCACCUCUACAAUUCCUUGCGCCGUUUUCCGGAUGUUCCAUGGGCGAAUGGUUCAGGGACAAUGGUAGACAUGCGGUGAUCAUCUAUGAUGAUUUGUCAAAACAAGCCACAGCAUAUAGACAAAUGUCAUUGCUUUUAAGGAGACCUCCUGGACGUGAAGCAUAUCCUGGAGACAUUUUCUACCUCCAUUCACGCCUUUUAGAACGCGCUGCUAAGUUGAAUGCAUCCCAUGGAUCAGGAUCACUAACUGCUCUACCCGUAAUUGAAACUCAGGCCGGUGAUGUCUCAGCUUACAUACCUACCAAUGUCAUUUCCAUUACUGAUGGUCAGAUAUUUUUGGAAAGUGAACUAUUCUAUAAGGGUAUAAGACCUGCUAUCAAUGUGGGUUUAUCUGUGAGUCGUGUUGGAUCUGCCGCACAAACAAAGGCGAUGAAAUCCGUUUGCGGUACUAUGAAACUCGAUCUUGCACAAUUUCGUGAGGUGGCAGCAUUUUCCCAGUUUGGAUCUGACCUGGAUGCUUCAACUCAACAGUUGAUUACUAGGGGCCGCGUGCUUACCGAGUUGCUUAAGCAGGAUCAGUACAAACCUAUUAAAACGCCGUUGCAAGUUUGUAUCAUCUUUUGUGGCGUGCAGGGUUACUUGGAUAAAAUACCUAUAGAUCAGAUCACGAAGUUUGAAUCCGAGUUUACCAGCUAUAUAACCACACAGCACCAGGACAUUUUGUCUUCCAUCGAAACGAAUCAUGUGUUGUCCCAGCAGGUGGAGGAAAAUCUCAGAACCGCUAUUGUAAAUUUCCGUUCCAACUUUCUAAAGGAGGAUUAG